AUGGCACAGCCAAGGUUGGUUGUGGGUGCAUUUGCGGUGUUUGCAGCAGUAUUGGCACCCCUUGUGAGUUCUUUAACUAGGCCGGUUAUCUUCUUCACUGCUUUUGAUCCUUCCUGCUGGGCUUUUGCUGUUGCUGUCAUUGGAUGCGAAUACUUUGAGAUGCUCACAACAGAGCCACCUUCUAAAGACCUGGACACACUGGCACUCUCCAUUGCACUAUGCUUUUGCUUGAAACUGCUUACACUCGUAAAAACAGACCCAGAGCCCUCAUCUGUGGCAAUAAACAAUGAUGGAAAUGUGCUGGGGUCCACAGCACUUCUGACUGAAGACAACAAGGGUUGGUGA